AUGUCGAAUCCUGGAUCCACGCGCGCGCAGUUCACCAAAAUGACGACAGCAGGUGUCUUCACGCCGACGUAUGUGAACUCGACGAACCACUUACCGUCCCCAUCAACGGCCUUGGAACUUGAUACGCCCCGCGCAAUGGAAGUCGUCCCAGGUGACGGGGUCCCUACGGGCGCAUGGGCCGCAGGUCUCUUCGACUGCUUUGACAGCCUCACGCCCAAUUGUUUCAUGGUCACCUUCUGUCCAUGCGUGGCAUUGGCCCAGCUGACUACUCGACUGGGUAUCGCUCCCUACCGCGUCGUGUUGAGUUUGAUGGUCUUCGUGACGCUCGUUGAGCUCGCUGUGUUUACGCUCAUUUGGACGUCGACAGGUGACGAAGACAAGAAGUACAGAGGCUUUUUCUACGACUCGAGUGAGGACUCGAACAAGGUCGUGAACGUCACGUUUGUCGUCAUCACGCUCAUUGUGCAGCUCCUGCUGUCGGUCUUCAUUUGGUACCUCCGCGUGAAAACGCGCACGCGGUUUGAGCUCCCGGGCUCGGUGUUCACGGAUUGGCUCAGCACGUGGUUCUGCCCGUGUUGUACGGUUGCUCAGCUGCGCACGCACGUCCGCUGCUACCAGCCCGGCAGCUGCGACUUUCGAGCACCGGAUGUGCUCCAGGCUUACCCGGGCAAGUCGUAUGCAGUGUAG